AUGGCUCCACCUCCGCCUCCAGCUGUGGAAAUCAGCAGGCCUAUGAAUCGUGAUGCGGAUCGUUCAGUUCCGAUCCAUCCGCCUCCAACCCGUUCAGUUCCGUGUUGUUCAUUCCCGGUCGCUUGUCUUCAAGAGACCAAACUCGGAGACCGAUAUGAUUCUGCCAGGAAAAUCGAGAAGGCCAUCCGGAGAAUACAGCCUGGGUUCCGUAUCCGAGUUGAACAUUUUGCCGCCAUUCUGCUGGUUGAACAAGAAGAUCUCCAGCAUGAGGACGAGGGGGGUCACCUUUCACACGAGAGGUGCAACCCUUGGCAACUGAAACGUCGACUGGAAAAAAUCUCGCCAUUUUGCAAGCAUUAUAUGCUUCACCUUGACCCAAGAAACUUGGAUCUAAAGCACUGGGUUCACGCCAAACCUGUGCCGCUGGUAUCACAGCCCCUACUAAGCCCCGAAAUGAGCUACGACGAGAUUCAGUUGUCGACGCACUACCGUGCAUCUUUCAGAACUCAAACGACUAUCGACGAAGUUCCUAAGAAUAUCGCUCAGCGGGGAGAGAGGGAGUGCAGAGAGCGCGAUGGAUAUAAAUGUGUUAUAACAGGAAGAUCUAGCCCUCGUGUAUUUUGGCUGAUUCCCAAGGGGUUUAAUGAUACCAAAAACAACAAUAACGCAACCGGCAAUUUUGAAGCAGGAUGCGUCUACUUAACCAAGAUCGACCUUCUAGACGAUAUUCACAGUGCGACUGAGCUCGGCAAGACCCAUAAAGUCUGGAACAUGCUCUGCGUUGAUCCAGCUAUUUACGAUACUCUUGCACAGGGUCUGUGUGCAUUCAAGUACAUAGGUAUAGAAGAACUUCGUGACGGACACUGUCAGGUGCAGUUGAAGUUCUUUUGGAUGCCUAAGCUACCUCCACGAUUUGGCCAAAUUAUGGAUCUUAAUGCAAUCAUGAAAUUCAAUCCCAAAGACAACGCACAAGGCUUCAUAAGCUUCCAAAACAUCGAAAGAGGAAAGGAUAUCUCUGCCGACCUUACGAUGUUUAAGAACUCCGGCUGCCCUAUGCCGGAUCGAAUUGACAAGCGAGAGGCCAUAUCGACUCCACCACUUUUGUCAGGCAAAGACGUCAAUAUAAAGAUGCCAAAACGAGAGUCGAGACUGUUUAAAACGGUAAUCGAGAUACAUUGGGCUUGUGUUACAUUCACAGCUCUUUGUGGUGGCGCUGGACGUGCCUGGUACUUAAUUGGCAUGAAUCAGGCAGAUGGCUCUCUUCAGCCGAGAUGGGAGCAAUACAAAGAGGAUAAACACACGGGUCUCACAGAUUAA